CAGUUGUUAUGAACGCGGCAUUUUCUCACCAUGUGAUGACGUGUCAAGAAAGUGCCGGAAGCCUUCAGUUAGUCCAAAAUGGCUUACCAGACUUUUCAGCAGGAAUAUUUACAGAUUCCUGUUGUAACUCGGGCAUACACAACUGCCUGCGUCCUCACCACCGCUGCCGUGCAAUUAGAGCUCAUCACACCUUUCCAACUAUACUUCAACCCUGAUUUGAUACUAAGGAAUUAUCAGGUAUGGAGACUCAUAACCAACUUUCUAUUUUUUGGUCCAGUUGGCUUCAACUUCCUUUUCAAUAUGAUUUUUUUGUACCGAUACUGUCGUAUGCUGGAGGAGGGCUCUUUCAGGGGCCGCACCGCUGACUUUGUCUUCAUGUUCCUCUUCGGUGGCCUUCUGAUGACUAUAUUUGGCACCUUUGUGAGUCUGGUGUUCUUGGGCCAAGCCUUCACCAUCAUGCUGGUGUACGUGUGGAGCAGGCGUAACCCCAACGUUCGCAUGAACUUCUUUGGCCUGCUGAACUUUCAGGCGCCCUUUCUCCCUUGGGUGCUCAUGGGAUUCUCUCUGUUGCUGGGCAACUCCAUCAUUGUGGAUUUACUAGGUAUCGCUGUGGGUCAUGUGUACUUCUUUCUGGAGGAUGUGUUCCCAAACCAGCCAGGUGGUGGCAGAUGGCUCAAGACUCCCUUUUUUCUUAAGAUGCUGUUUGACACUCCAGAGGAGGAUGCCAACUACAACCCUCUUCCUGAAGAGCGUCCGGGGGGGUUCGCCUGGGGAGAGGGACAGCGCCUCGGGGGUUAAUCUAGCCCCCCACCACAGGAUCACUUUAUAAUGGACUUUUCCUCAGUGAGAGACAAGAGGGACAAACUUGGUCUUUUUUUCCGACUUGUUUCUCUAGUUCUGGAUGGACAACGCCAAUCUCCAACCAGAGCUUUUCGGAGUUUGGUGUGUGACUUACAUCUCCCUCAAACUGUUCAAUAAGCCAGACUCACUUUAAGACCACAUGAGUGGAUGUAACAGGAAGUGACUUUUGAUGGUUAACCUUUGGUUGCGUUGAGAUUUGGCUUUCUCUGUGGGGAAAAAAUGAGGCUCAACAAUAUUGUCAAAUGAUGGGAAACAGUGGAGGAAAAAAUCUGAAUGAAUGAAUUCAGAUUGAGUGUUUUCCUUUACUUUUUAAAAAGAAUAAAUGUGUGGCAUAUGUAGAUAAUGCAGGAGAUAUUUUCUUUGUAAUUUUUCUGCACUGUUGCAUCAGUUGAAGCAAGUUUUUCUGUAAGGAGUUCCAUAAUGAAAUUUGAAAUGUAUUCAAUCAUUUGAUUCCAGUACCAAGAGUGCUUGGAUGCACUAGGAUCAAUAAUGUGAGAACGCUUAAAUUGUUUAUUACAACUGUAGAAAAAAAAUGUACUGUGGACAAAUCAAACAUGCAUACGUUACUCUGUACUGCCCUCCUCUGGUAGAAGACAUUGCAGUGUGGAAGGAAGGGAGUAAAUUUGACCGACCAUUUGUGUUGCAUGCCAAGCUUCUAGGCUCGACAAGAGACUAGCCAUUUUGAAACCCCUGCAACAAACCCUUCAGUAUUCAAACUGAAACUAAACGGCUACUUUUUUCAAAAGUUUCGGUUGCAUACAGUAAGUGGUAAACGCUUCACUUUUUUGCAGUUUUUUACCUUUAUGGCAGGGCUUGUAGAUUACAUUUGUAUUUUAAUCAAUACAGAUUUUGAAAUGCC